AUGGAAAUGGGUAGCAGCCCCGACAUCCUGCUCAUCCUCAAUAUCCGUCUCCGUCAACCGGAGCCUUUCAAUCAGCUCAAGACCGCUGUCGCGGUCUCUGCCCAGACUCUCAACACCUUGAAGGCCGUCCACGAGCACCCCCGCUCCAUCACCUCAUCAUCACCCGCACAGUCACCUCCUUCUUUCAGCAUUUCGAGCAGAGGACCUAGGCCAUCGACGAGAUUUCGAUCAUCAAAGAGUAGAGAGCGCCAUGACGAGCGCUGUGCCGCUCGGGCUGUGCAGAAGGGCACGACGGCGAAGGCACGCGAGGAGACGACUACCGGUGACGCAGCUGCGGGCACGAAGACGAGUGCGAACGGGGACACUGAGAAGGGUGCCCCGACCGACGGAGUUGACAAGCGUGUGAAGACCAAGUCCGGUUCCAAGGAAGGGCUGAACGCGAAGGGCGAGAGGGCCUCGGGCCCAAUUGAGAAUGACAACUGGUGGCUGUUGAGGGAAUGA